GUUUAAGAUAAUAACACUCUGGACAAAGGGAAAUAUCGUGGUCGUGAACGUGAUUGUCGUGAGUGCCUAGUGGAAUGCACCCAAAAUGUCUACUUCUUUUUUUAUGUGUCAGUCAUUACCAGAAGCUUGUUAAAUAUACAUCAAUAAAUAUGUCAGAAAUUUGUUUAAUAUGUUUAAAAACAACAUCUGAAUUAUUUAAAGUGGGAAAUGGUGAAUGUGACAAUAAAGAUAUUUUACAAAAGUUGAUGGAAUGCGUACCAGAACUGGAUUGGAAUUGUACAUUUCAAGUAUGUUCUUAUUGCUGUCAACGUUUAUAUGAUGUACAUUCAUUUAAAUCACUAUGUAUUAACUCAUACAAUUGGUAUUGGUCCUUAAAGACGAUAGGUGUUAAAGAAGAGGCUGUGGUUAAAAAUGAGAACACAGACUGUAAAGAACUAAUACAAGAAACUUUAAUUGAAGAAGAAUCAUUGGAGAACAAUAUAUUAUCAGAUAACGAUGGUCGUAAUGAUAGUGAUAGUAACUCGGAUACAGAUUUUAAAGAACUUCUAGUUGAAAAAACGAAAAAAAAAGAGAAAAAAGAGAAAAAAUCGGAAAGUACGAGGGUGCCGUGUCACAUAUGCGGCAAACAGUAUGCUUCAAAGUAUGUUUUGAAAAAGCAUAUUAUUAUAUGUGAAAUGAAACAUGACAAUGGUAAUUCUGUAGGUAAUGAUAAAGAAGAACAAAAAACAGCCCCCUCUUGUUUGGAAUGCGGAAUAACUUUUAAAAAUAAAUAUAUGCAAAAAAGACAUUUUGAUAAUGUACAUAAUAUUAAAGAUAGGAAAUUCAUUUGUGAAAUAUGUAAUAGGAGCUUCGCCACCAAAGUUUACCUCGAAGCACAUAAAAGAUAUCAUUCAGGAGAUCGGCCGCACGUUUGUUCGUUUUGCGGUAAAGGUUAUAUAACCGCAAGUGAUUUGUACCACCACGAAAAGAUCCACGCCAACAAACGUAACUACCGUUGCGAAAUAUGCCCGAAAGCCUUCAAUACCUCAUCAGAUUUAUACAAACACAAGAUGUGCGUCCACAUGGAUCCCUCCCAAUGGAAAUACACCUGUGAAGUGUGUGAAAAAAAAUUUCCUUUGAAAAUAAACCUCGAUAGCCAUACGAAAACCCACACAGGCGAAAGGAACUUUCCGUGCAAUUUCUGUGAUAGGAAAUGUAUUAAUAUGUCAGUAUUAAAGCGACACAUCAUCACUCAUUCGCGUAUAAAUCCUUUCAGGUGCGAGAUAUGCGAUCAGGGUUACAAAUUUCAAAAAUCUCUCGAUAUACACAAAUCGAAAGCGCACGGUAUCGGUGACGUUAAAAUUAAACCGGUGGUGAAAAAAUUUCAGUGUCCUUUGUGUGUUAAAGCCUAUACAGCAAACAAUAAGUUGCAAAAACAUUUGAGGGCCCAUGUCGGGGAAAAACCCUUCAAAUGUCCAGAGUGUCAUAAGGGAUUUUCCGAUAAAAGUUAUAUUAAAUUACAUUUGAAAACUUUACAUAAUAUACCUAACGAUGAGAAAAUAUCGAAUAUAUCAUUAUAUGCACAAUAGAUUGUGAAGAAGAAGAUUUCGGGUUAGGAAUAAUUGUUUUAUAAUCAAUUUGGUUGAGGAAUUUUUCAUGUAUCAUUUUAUUAAUAGAAAUGAAUAUAUUUUGUAAUAAAA